GGAACAAAUGAAGUACUUUCUCCGGCGCUUGUAACAGUUCACAUCUCAUUCUGCCUAGCUAAUCGAAGACUGCCCGUGGAUGGAUUUCUCCCGGAUUUGCACAGCCUAACAUGGAUGCCCCACCGUUCUUUGAAUCGGAAGGUUGUUUCUUGGCGCAGUGAGAGACGGAACAUGCAGGGAUUGCUAAUGGAUUUGGGAAGCAUAUGCCCUCCUAUCUAAAGUGACCAUGCCGUGAUCCUGCGCGUGGGCCGUCACCCUGCUUAACGUCAAUAGAAGAAUUUCGGGGAAUCUAACAAUACAGGGAAUAAACACUGUGCAUUAUACAAACAACAUGAAGAUUACCUCCCCACUGAUAACUAAUGUGAGCUUCAGGUGCACCGUCAGGCUUCUUCUGCUGCUAUUACUAUGUGUGGGAUAUUCUCGCGGGAUGCCGCAUGUUUUAAGAUUUGGAGGAAUAUUUGAAUCUGUUGAAAGUGGUCCUUCAGGAGCAGAGGAACUGGCCUUUAAAUUUGCUUUAAACACAAUCAACAGAAACAGAACCCUACUGCCAAACACAACACUAACCUAUGACAUUCAGAGGAUAAACAUCUACGACAGCUUUGAAGCUUCAAGAAAAGCCUGUGAUCAGCUGUCUCUGGGAGUGGCCGCCAUCUUUGGUCCCUCCCACAGCUCGUCAGCCAAUGCAGUCCAGUCCAUCUGCAAUGCACUCGGAGUGCCCCACAUCCAGACCAAAUGGAAGCACCAGGUCUCGGACAACAGAGACUCCUUCUACGUCAGCUUGUACCCUGACUUCUCCUCCCUCAGCCGGGCUAUUCUAGACCUGGUGCACUUCUUCAAGUGGAAGACUGUCACCGUGGUGUACGAUGACAGCACAGGGCUCAUCCGGUUACAGGAGCUCAUCAAGGCACCGUCUCGUUACAACAUCCGCUUGAAAAUCCGGCAGUUGCCGGCAGAGACGAAAGAUGCCAAGCCCCUGCUGAAAGAGAUGAAGCGGGGGAAGGAGUUCCACGUCAUCUUUGACUGCGGACACGAAAUGGCCGCAGGGAUUCUCAAGCAGGCACUUGCCAUGGGGAUGAUGACUGAAUACUACCACUAUAUCUUCACAACUCUGGACCUCUUUGCCCUGGACGUGGAGCCAUACCGCUACAGUGGGGUGAACAUGACAGGGUUCCGGAUCCUCAACACGGAGAACACCCAGGUCUCCUCUAUCAUCGAGAAGUGGUCCAUGGAGCGGUUGCAGGCUCCGCCCAAACCGGACUCAGGCCUACUGGAUGGAUUUAUGACGACGGACGCAGCUCUGAUGUACGACGCGGUCCAUGUGGUUGCGGUUGCGGUCCAGCAGUCACCGCAGAUCACGGUCAGCUCCUUACAGUGCAACCGGCACAAGCCCUGGCGCUUCGGCAACCGCUUCAUGACCCUCAUCAAAGAGGCCCACUGGGACGGGUUGACUGGACGAAUAACUUUCAACAAAACCAAUGGCCUCCGGACCGAUUUUGAUUUAGAUGUGAUCAGUCUGAAGGAGGAGGGACUAGAGAAGAUUGGAACGUGGGAUCCCCCAAGUGGCUUGAACAUGACUGAGAACCAGAAGGGCAAGACGACUAACGUUACGGACUCCUUGUCUAACAGGUCCCUGGUCGUCUCCACCAUACUGGAGGAGCCAUAUGUGAUGUUCAAGAAGUCGGACAAACCGCUGUACGGGAACGACCGCUUCGAGGGCUUCUGCAUCGACCUCCUGCGGGAGCUGGCCAGCAUCCUGGGCUUCGCCUACGAGAUCCGGCUGGUGGAGGACGGCAAGUACGGGGCCCAGGAGGAGACCACGGGCCAGUGGAACGGCAUGGUCAAGGAGCUCAUGGACCACAAAGCUGAUCUUGCAGUGGCUCCCCUGGCCAUCACUUACGUGCGGGAGAAAGUCAUCGACUUUUCCAAGCCCUUCAUGACGCUGGGGAUAAGUAUUCUGUACCGCAAACCCAACGGCACCAACCCCGGAGUGUUCUCCUUCCUCAACCCCCUCUCGCCCGAUAUCUGGAUGUAUAUUCUGCUGGCUUACUUGGGUGUCAGUUGUGUGCUGUUUGUCAUAGCCAGGUUUAGUCCCUAUGAGUGGUAUAACCCUCACCCAUGCAAUCCCGACUCAGACGUGGUGGAAAACAAUUUCACCUUGCUAAAUAGUUUCUGGUUCGGAGUUGGAGCUCUCAUGCAGCAAGGUUCUGAGCUCAUGCCCAAAGCUCUUUCCACCAGGAUUGUAGGCGGGAUCUGGUGGUUUUUCACCCUGAUCAUCAUCUCGUCCUACACCGCCAACCUGGCUGCCUUCCUCACAGUCGAACGCAUGGAGUCGCCGAUUGACUCUGCCGAUGACCUCGCCAAGCAGACCAAGAUUGAGUACGGCGUGGUGGAAGACGGGUCAACUAUGACUUUCUUCAAGAAAACAAAGAUUUCCACGUAUGAUAAGAUGUGGGAGUUCAUGAGCAGCCGCCGGCACUCGGUCAUGGUGAAGAACGUGGAGGAGGGGAUCCAGCGCGUCCUCACCUCUGACUACGCUUUUCUGAUGGAGUCCACCACCAUCGAGUUUGUCACUCAGCGCAACUGCAACCUGACCCAGAUCGGCGGGCUCAUCGACUCUAAAGCGUACGGAGUGGGCACGCCUAUGGGCUCUCCGUACCGCGACAAGAUCACCAUCGCCAUCCUGCAGCUACAGGAAGAGGGGAAGCUGCACAUGAUGAAGGAGAAGUGGUGGCGCGGGAACGGUUGCCCCGAAGAAGAGAGCAAGGAGGCGAGCGCCCUGGGCGUGCAGAACAUCGGUGGCAUCUUCAUCGUUCUGGCCGCUGGCCUGGUGCUCUCUGUAUUUGUGGCGGUGGGGGAGUUCUUGUAUAAGUCCAAACAAAACGCACAACUUGAAAAGAGGUCCUUCUGUAGCGCCAUGGUGGAGGAGCUGCGGGUGUCACUGAAGUGCCAGCGGCGACUGAAACACAAGCCCCAGGCCCCAGUCAUGGUCAAAACCGAGGAGGUCAUCAACAUGCACACGUUCAAUGACAGAAGACUGCCAGGCAAGGAAACAAUGGCCUAAAAUUAUUCUAUAUACAUUACAACAACUACAACUACGAAAACAACAAAAACAUUUAUAUUUGUCUCUUGUGGA